CUGCAAUCCAGGCUAAACGCUGGAUUGUGGUAUAUCAAGCACGAAUGCGAUCGUUAUACGUCCACCAAGUUCCCCUGCUCGCUUACUCCGACCCUCCAAUAGGAUGACCCUAGUUUCGAAUGAUCCCAGUUGGUGGUCACUCAUCAAUGCGAAUCUUAUCAGCAGCUAUUUUAUAGUUGCCGCCUCUGUUGGGCUAAUGUACGAUUGGGCGCUUACGUUCGGGCAAGAGGUUGAACUGAUCUGGAGGCAACGGUGGUCCCUGAUGACCUUUCUCUAUCUCAGUGUGCACUAUGUUGGGAUAGGAUUUGUUGUGAUGUCCAUGCUGGUCGAUGUUCCGACAAUUUCAGUGACAGACGUAGUGAGCCUUAUCAUAAACGACGCAAUUAAUUGGACAGGUGAGGUUGUACAGGUAAUACUGGGCGUCAUCAUGAUCGCUCGGUUACAUGCUAUGUAUCAGAGGUCUAGAAAGGUGCUGACAUGUCUCGUUAUCAUCUUUGUGGCCAUCAGAAUUGCCGACGCAGUGAUGACCGCAAUGAUAACGGUGCAGCUUUCAGGGGAGGAAUUCGUUCUCUCCGGCACCUAUCAGUGCAUUAUUGACUACACGGGAGAUUCUAUGUUUCUGGCUUCCAUGAUUUGGAUACUUGGGACUGUAUGGGAGGUCCUUGCACUGUGCCUCGCGGUCUGGAUUGCUGUAAAGCACUUCCGUGAACUACGACAACACUCAACAAGAGGUAUUGUCAGGGACUGUUUCACGGUGUUGAUGAAAACUCACGUUAGCUACUUUGCAAGUUUUUUGGCUAUCUCUUGCUUCAAGAUCGGUUUCUUCUCUCCAACGCUCUCAGUGGACAUAUAUUCCCUGAACACUCGGAUUUAUUUCGGUCUCGCUCAGAUACUCCAGAGCAUGCAGAUGUUUGUGCUGGGACCACGCCUGAUCCUCGGUGUUCGAGAAUAUCACGCUGAGCUCGUGGCCAACUCUGAUGCAGCAACCGCUAUGAUUUCGAUUGUUUUUCAGGAGCGCGUUCACGUGUCAACCGGCAGUAGUGUGUAGCGCAGAAGAUGCUCGAUAUGAUUGAUUUGCGAUGGGCGGUAGUGUGCAGGGAGUGGGAGAAUUUGUUUUUAUUUAUUCCAGAUUUUGUCGUGGUACUUAUUCAAGUUGCGAAGUAGA